AUGCCACGGACCAAGAAAAGGAGCAGCAACAAGGGAGGCCAGCAUGGACACGUGCAGCCUUUCAGCGAUGAAGACGCCUCCAUCGAGACGCUCAGUCAUUGCAGCAGUUUAAGUGAUGUCGUCAGUGUUGCAGAUGAAGGUGCUGAGGUCAGUGAGGACACAGCCCAGGAAGACUUCCAGUACAAGUUGAAAGGGUUCAUAGACAGCACUGUGGACAAGAGUGCCAAGACCAGACAGAGUGCGCUGGACGGGCUGAAGACUGCUAUGGCCAAUCGCAUCCUGUAUGAGUUUAUCUCUGAGAGGAGAAUGACCAUCACGGACAGCAUUGAGCGAUGCCUCAAGAAAGGAAAAGGUGACGAGCAGCGGGCGGCGGCGUCGUUGGCGUGCCUGCUCUGUAUCCAGUUGGGCUCUGGGAUCGAGAGUGAGGAGGUGUUGAAAACCCUUAAACCCAUCUUUAAGAACAUUUUGGCAGAUACAUCAGCCCACAUUCAGGCCAGGCAGGCUGUGGCGACAAGCUUGGGUCUUUGUACAUUGGUUGCAGAGGAUGACAUUUUGGACGUGUUUUCCACAAUGGAGUGCUUCGAGAACCUAUUCGCCCGGUCGUACGCAAAAGGUGAUGGCACAUUUCCAUCGGUUAAUCCUCAGAUGAGCCAACUUCACACCAACGCUCUGCUGUCCUGGGCCCUUCUACUCACCAUCUGCUCAGGCAGCCAGCUCAAGGAAGUCCUUCGCAAACACGUACACAAACUCCCUGGACUAUUGGAGAGCGACGAUGUCAAUAUGAGGAUAGCUGCUGGGGAAACGAUCGCCUUGCUUUUUGAAUUGGCCCGAGACAUGGACGCUGAUUUCGAAAUUGACAACUACAACGACCUGUGCGAUAAACUGUCAGCACUUGCGACCGACUGCAACAAACAUAGGGCAAAAACUGACAAGAGGAAACAACGCUCUGUUUUUAGGGACGUGCUAAAAGCUGUUGAGGAUGGGGACUUUCAGUCUGAGACCAUUCGUUUUGGAACGGAGCGUAUGACCAUCGACAGCUGGGUCAGGAAAAGGACCUACGACGCUUUCAGGGAGUUUGUUGGCUCUGGAAUGAACUACCAUCUACAGGCAAAUGAAUUUAUCCGUGACGUGUUUGAGCUGGGACCACCCAUUCUGGUCGACUCUGAAACGAUGAAGGCCAUGAAAAUCUCUCGCUUCGAACGACAUCUCCACAACUCUGCUGCGUUCAAAGCUCGGACCAAGGCCAGAAGCAAAUUCAGGGACAAAAGGGUCGACGUGGGGGAGUUUUAA